AGACAACAGACAAUGCAGGUAUUUCUACUGAAGUUAUCGAAUGCGCUGACGUCAAUGCCCAGUAUCGGUCUCAUUAUCAAUGUUAAGUGUUUCUUUUUUGUGGCAUUUUCAUCACAUGAUUCUGACCAAGUCCUCCAUGUAGGCCUGCAGUUCCUUAACAGACUUACAAAGGGAUUCCUGUUCAUUGAAAGAGAUUGCUGGCAGACGGGUGUUAUUGUCAAAAGGUGCCAACGCUCACCGGUAUGGACGGCCAAGGUAUAGCUCCCCCACCGUACGACGAUGUUGUAAGCACACCCACAGCGGCCGAUCCCUCGGCUGGAUUCGAGUCGAAGGGUGACUCCCCAUCACAAGGAGGCGCCUACGUCCCACAAGGAGGCGCCUACUCGCCCCAAGGUGGCACAAACGUUCCUCAAGGCGGCUAUGCACAGCAAGUGGGCACCUACGCACCGCAGGGUGGGGGCUAUGCACCUCAAGGCGGCGCCUACGCACCACAAGGAGUCUACACAGUUCAAGCAGGUGGAUACCAGCAAAGCGGUCUCACUCAGAUGGGAUGUCCACAACAGAUCAUACGAACUGCGGGUAAUGUCCCACCUCCGGAUUACAUGAUGUUUGCACUGAUGGUCACACUCUUCUGUUUCCUCCCCUUGGGACUUAUCGGCAUGAUGAAAGCUAUGGAGGCCAGGAAUCGUUGGCAGGUGGGGGACGGCGUCGGGGCUCAUCAGUCGGCCCAGGAGGCUCGACGUUGGUCCAUCGCAGGGCUGGCCAUCGGUAUCCCCAUUAUAAUAGCGCUGGUCGUCAUACUCAUAAUCCUUGUAAUCUAAACAGAGAUAUUUCAGUGGGCUUUGCUUUGUUUUCCAGUUGGCACCGUACGGUGAUUAGUCAUGUCCGUUAACAGAACGGUUUUUGACCCCCCCCCCCCUCCAAAAAAAAAAAUCGAAGUGGAGUCUGGCCGACUUAUCUGGACACUUCAUUCUCAAUCAAUACACCGAAACUCCAGCUGUGUUUGCGCACGUGCAAACAAGCAUUACGAAUCAAAGAACAGAAUGCUAUGAGAAUGGUACCGCCCUCAUUGUCCAGAGUGUUGUGGAAGGCACUGUUCAUUCGAGAACAAUCAAUAUUGAUCAUAUCCAGAUAUGCCUAUAGUCAGUGACGAUGUCCUCCUUGAUGCUCUUAAUAAGUGGCUACUACGGUGUCAUCGGUUUUAUUCUCGAAAUACUCAUUUUGACGUCGAAAUCCCAUAAUCCAUUUAUUCGCAUACCAAUGGGCGUCAUGCACGCACAAAGUUACCCCGUUAUUUUGCAGUGAUGUGCCUCUUUUAAAUCCUAAGACGAUGACACAGUGGUUUCUUGAUGACAAAUAAUUUAUCACAGAAUAUUUUGAUACUUGUUAUUUCUGAAAAUAAUUACACAAAUAACCCCUGUAUUGCAAUCAGUGGUGAAUAAGGCCGAUAUAACAGUGACUCGUUUUUAGUAUAAUAAUAUAGGUAUUUUGGCUGAGAGGGUUGUGGAUAUUUUGCAAUCGUCAUCAAUGUUCAAUCAUCGCGAUUCAAUUAAUAUGCAAACUCAUUAUUAUUGUUCCACUCAUCAUUACUGGUGAGAGUUUGAUUUGUUGAAAUCUACGUCAGUGAUGCUCAUACUUCUUAAGAUUUAAAGAAUAUUGUAAAUAUCGAUUGUUGUACCCACACUAAACUGGAAUGGGCUGUCUCACAUAAGAUGGCAUUUCAACUUUUGGCUUUAUUUUGCAACCAGCGGUUGAAGCAUAUGUUUGGUCGGAGCUGUACAGGGCGAGUCCAACAGAAAGUGAUCGAGUUAGAAAACGAAUUCUUAAAAAUAUGUGGCUUGCUCCAUUUAAUACAAAAUAACAUAUGAAUAAGGAAUAUGUUAUUGACUAGUUACUGUCAAAAUGUCAGUUAAUUUGCGUCUUUUAUUCACAAUUUAUAUCUAUUUGAAUACCAGUGUAACAAAACUCAGCCGUCCACCACUGAUCAUUUACCGAUACGCACUUGGUGAAUAACUUUUAAAAACAAUGAACCAGGAAGACAUACUUACCUCUAUGAAUGAACGAAAAAUUGCAAAGUAAAAUAAAAACCAAAAAUCACCAUCAUCGUUUCAGAGAAAAACAAAUAUUUGUUCCUCAUAUACAAAACACAAAAUCUGACGGUGAAAAUCAUGUUUCACUCUUGACUCAAAUUUAGUAAAAUCCCAUUUGUAUUUGAAUGCCUGUGUGUGAUCUCUGGUUUUCACUCAGCUGAAAAGCUUCAUAAUGGCAUUCCAUGUACAGCUGUAAAAAUGGGUUUUUUGUUUUUUUUAAAUGCAGAUUCUGAUAGCAUUAAUUAGUUUCAGUAAUUCGUUUUCCCACUGAGUGGAAGAACAUACUCGUUUACGCUUCCUUGGUGUGUCAACUUUAAACGCUUUGUAAGGGGAUAGGCAUUAAUCCAUGUUAUUUUCAUUUUGAUUCACCUGUAUAGGAGUUACAAUUGUUUGACAAAAAGAUAAUAAUGUGAGACCCUUUUUUUUUUUUUUACAUUUAUAGAGACAAAUGUUUGUUAUUGAAAUUUUGACUUAUGUGUUCAACAUGAAUCGAUUCUGCGUAUGACCGGUAUUGUGAGGGAGUUGAUAAUUAUGACUUCAUUGUAUUUAAUUUGACCAUUAACCAAACUGUACAUUUUUAUCUACAAUUAUUUUAACUAAUGUUGCGAGUCAGAGUUUGUAUUUAUAAUGGCAUAACAACAUUUACAUAAAAUCUACAAAAUACCGAUGACUGAAUUAAAGCUGCACUGACAAAAAAAUCGUACUUGUACGACAGACAAUAUGUAUAAAGUAUA